CAGAAUUAAACAAAAAGCCAUUUGAAAUAGUUUACAAAUUCAAUUCAGAAGUCAGAUAGGACCGUUGAGGCUCGAUGAUAAAAUGUGCAAGUUUAGGACACUGAACGACGCUCCGGUAACAUUAAGGCAAUGGGAGCAGGCCGAAAACGUUUACGAUUACGAGUACAAUUUCGAAAAGAACGCGAGCGAAGAAGAGGUCGAGGCUAUGCAUAAUCACGAAUCGGUCGAAAGCCCCAUGCCGUAUCGUAAGAAGAAAGCGAUUACUAAGAUAUUCCGUAGAAGUUCAUACUUGCCAAGCCUCGAAGAUAUCGAAGAAGGUGUUGAAGAAUGCGAAAAACACGGGGAUGCAUUAGCUACUUCGGUUGGAAACUCUGAAGACGAAUAUGAUUUGUCGCUGUCUGCUAUUCACCAGGAGCGAGCAUUUCGAUACUGCGCUCGCCCGACCUUUGAUUCUUCUCCACAUUCCAGAAACCAUAGACACCGGCGACAUCGUAAAAGAACUCCAGAAGGCGAUACCGAGCAUCAUAGAAGGCGAAGGCGCCAUGUAAAAAGUGAUGCCAUCGGCGGUUGAUCCUCGUCGUUGUGUAGGCCAUUAUUAAUUUGUUAAAAUCGUGAUUUAUGGCACGCAUUUAAAGAAUUGUCGAUAACGCUGUGAACAGACAUUAAAGGCAGUAGCAGCUACUAAAUUGUUCUUUGUUUUAAUACAACAUUUCCAAAAUGUACUUUUGCCGUUGAACUUUAUUUCAUAAACAUACUAUAACAUCUACCGUGAUUCAUUAAAGGGAACUGAAUUCGUCAUUCGCGACAUGUAAUUCAUCAUAUCGCAUACUGUUGUUGUCAUUGCUGUAUUUUUAGUUAUUUCCUAGACAAACUGUUGGUUAUCGCUAUUCUUUACGUAGUUUUAGUGGGUUCAAAUUCUGGGUUUAUUUUCGAAGAGAUGCACAAAUAUGAUUUAUGUUAAUUAAAAAAACUUUAAAUUUA